AACUGAAGAAAAACUGAACUGAACCUACAAGUAUAUUUCUUAUGGUGCUGGAUUACUCAUGCCGAACUGCCCCGAGACCUGCCUUGAGAGAGGGAUCUGACAGACCCAAGUCACCUCCUGACUAUUCCACUUAGCUCUCCCUGGGGACUUAAUUUUUGAGAACAUUCGUGUCAAUGAUACCUUCCAAGAUGAUGAGUACUAAUCCUGAAGAAGACCCUUUGGACACUUUUCUGCAGUAUAUUGAGGAUAUGGGGAUGAAGGCAUAUGAUGGCCUGGUUAUUCAAAAUGCAUCUGACAUUGCUCGCGAGAAUGAUCGCUUGAGAAAUGAAACAAAUAUGGCUUACCUGAAGGAGAAGAAUGAGAAACGGCGGAGACAGGAAGAAACAAUCAAACGCAUAGGGGGAGAAGUAGGCCGAAGCCAGGACGCCAGCUACGCGGGCAAGCAUUUCCGCAUGGGGUUCAUGACAAUGCCUGCACCUCAGGACCGACUCCCACAUCCCUGCUCCAGUGGAUUCACUGUGAGAUCUCAGUCCCUGCACUCCGUCGGAGGCACUGAGGACGAGAGCAGCUGUGGAUCCCGGAGACAGCCACCUCCGAAGCCCAAGCGAGACCCCAGCACCAAGCUUAGCACCUCCUCAGAGACAGUCAACAGCACUGCAGCGAGUAAGAGCGGGAGACCUCUGGAGAGGGCAGAAGUGUCUGCCAAGCCAAGACCCCACAGUGACGAAUAUUCAAAGAAAAUCCCCCCUCCGAAACCGAAACGGAAUCCCAACACUCAACUUAGUACAUCUUUCGAUGAAACUUACAUCAAAAAGCAUGUGCCAAGGAGGACCUCGCUCCCUCGAGAUUCAUCCCUGUCCCAGGUCUGCAGCCCCGCUGCAGACCCCGAAGAAGAGGAGCCUGUGUACAUCGAGAUGGUGGGGAACAUCCUCAGAGACUUCAGGAAGGAAGAUGAUGACCAGAGCGAGGCUGUGUACGAGGAGAUGAAAUACCCCAUUUUUGAUGACCUGGGCCAUGAUUCCAAAUGUGACUUUGAUCAUCACAGUUGUUCUUCGCAGUGUGCUACGCCCACGGUGCCUGACCUGGACUUCGUCAAGUCUUCAGGACCAUGUACUCCUAAGGGGCUUUGCGAGAUACCCCCGCCCUUCCCCAACUUGCUUUCUCAUAGACCGCCCCUGCUGGUGUUCCCACCAGCCCCCGUACACUGCUCUCCCAAUUCUGAUGAGUCUCCACUGACCCCUCUGGAGGUCACAAAGCUUCCUGUGUUGGAAAAUGUGUCUUAUAUGAAGCAGCCACCUGGAGCGUGUCCAUCCUCACUGCCAUCACAUAGCUCCAGCCAUGCUAAAGACCAGAGUGGAGCCUUGGGCCCUGCUCCUACAGCGUCCGUGCUCUCCUCAUCCCCUCCGCCGCCGCCAUCCACUUUGUACAGGACCCAGUCUCCCCACGGCUAUCCAAAAAGUCAUUCCACUUCCCCGUCCCCCGUCAGCAUGGGGAGGUCCCUGACACCCUUGAGCCUCAAGAGGCCUCCCCCCUAUGACGCUGUGCAUUCCAGCAGCCUCUCAAGGAGUUCUCCCUCAGUGCCUCACUCAACCCCCAGACCCGUGUCGCAAGAUGGGGCCAAGAUGGUCAACGCUGCCGUGAACACCUACAGUGCUGUGCAGAGCGGCUCCAGGUCCAGGACACCCACCAGUCCUUUGGAGGAGCUCACCAGCCUUUUUACCUCAGGGCGGAGCCUGCUUCGGAAGUCAUCCAGCGGCCGAAGGUCCAAAGAGCCUGCAGAAAAAUCCACGGAGGAGCUAAAAGUUCGAAGUCACAGCACGGAGCCAUUACCAAAGUUGGACGGCAAAGAGCGAGGUCAUCAUGGAGCGUCUUCCUCCAGAGAGCCAGUGAAAGCUCAAGAAUGGGAUGGAACACCGGGUCCGCCAGUGGUCACCAGCAGAAUGGGCAGAUGCUCUGUGAGCCCCACCUUGUUGGCCGGAAACCACAGUUCAGAACCUAAAGUAAGCUGCAAGCUAGGCCGGUCUGCAUCUACGUCAGGAGUUCCUCCUCCUUCAGUUACUCCUCUCAGGCAAGCCAGCGACCUACAACAGAGCCAGGUGGCAUGCAUGCCGUGGUUUCAUGGAGACCAUACAAUGCUUGAGAUGAUUGAGAAAAAGCGUUGCUUGUGCAAAGAAAUAAAGGCUAGACAGAAAACGGAAAAGGGCCUUUGCAAACAGGAUAGCAUGCCAAUCCUACCCAGCUGGAAGAAGAAUGCGGGCUCCAAGAAGUACAGCCCUCCACCAUAUUCCAAACAGCAAACGGUGUUCUGGGAUACUGCCAUAUGAGUUUGUACCGGCCUGAGCUCCAUCCCUUAACAGAAGAGAG